AUGUACAAAUUAUUAUUGCUAUCGAUCCUUGCAGAAACUGUUUCAACUGUCGAAAUUAGAAAACAUCUACUUUCCUGGAACAUCGAAAGAUCUAUCAAGAGAAUCGCGCCAAAACAAACGAAAGUCUACUGGAAUAUCCCUACAUUCCAAUGCGAUUAUCACCAACUGAAUUUCACUGGUUUGGCGACGAAAUACGGAAUAAUACAAAACGAGAAAGACAGAUUUCACGGUGACCAAAUCAACAUCUUGUAUGACCCAGGAGAUUUUCCCGCCAUUCUGAAAAACGGUUCCGCGUCGGUUUUGAGAAACGGGGGAGUCCCCCAGGCUGGAAAUUUGACGAAGCACUUGGAAAUAUUUGCAGCGUUCCUGGAUGAGCUGAUACCAGAUGAUGAAUUUGCAGGUGUAGGUGUUAUCGAUUUCGAAAGCUGGCGCCCGAUAUUCCGACAGAACUUCGGAGUUCUCGAAGAAUACAAGAAUCUUUCGAUUGCCAUCGAGAAACGAAAACACCCUUUUUGGCCGACCACUUGGAUCGAAAAAGAAGCCAAAAUCCAGUUCGAAAGUUCCGCUAGGAAAUUCAUGGAGGAAACCCUGUUCCUAGCCAAACUCAUGAGGCCGAACGCUACAUGGGGAUACUAUGGCUACCCCUACUGUUUCAAUAUGUCCCCGAACAACAUGAGAGGAGGUUGUCCGAAAGAAGUUGUAGAGGAAAAUAAUAGAUUAGAAUGGCUGUUUGAAUUGACAGACAACUUAUAUCCGUCCAUUUAUUUGGAAAACAUAAGACUGAACGAGAGUGAUAGAGUUAAACUUAUCGAAGGACGAAUAGAAGAAUCUCACCGGGUGAUAAAACGAAUGAAUAAGAAAGAAAACACAAAUAUCGUUCCAUAUUUCUGGUAUAAAUAUCAUGAUACCCACGAAUUUCUUUCAAAGAAUGAUCUUUUCAAUGCUUUCACCGUACUGGCCUCUUCAGAUAUCAACGGAUUAGUGAUCUGGGGUAGCAGCAAUGACGUCAAUACCAAGAAGAAAUGUAUAGAUGAUUACCAGUACAUCGACAACAUAUUAGGCCCGUUACUUCAAUUCAACUUCUAGUUUUUAUUUCAUUUUAAUAGAAUGUGUCGGUCAGCUAAAUGAAUGAUCCAUAGUACAUUCCAGACAAGAAUAAAGCGUGUAGAUCGGGCUCAUAUGACCUCGCUAUUCAUUGGUCUAGAAACCUUGCGGAUGAAAACAGAAAUAGAAUCGAUAGUUGAACAAAUAACAUCCUGCAAGGCACUUUUGAUGAGAUGGAUAAGUUGUCGGUGUUACUUAUAUUUCCUGUUGCUGUUGCGUUCCAAACAACAGUGCAAUCCUACACAAAACACACAUGGGCUGAAGGACCUCUCAUAAGGUCGAUGGCCAUACAUAUACUACUACUAAAGGGUCUUUCAACAAGGACCGGUCGAUGUUGUAAUUGAAUAAAAUAAUCUGUGUGUGAGAUAUUAACGAUUUUAUUUGGAAGGCCCAUUUAUGCCAUUAUUUAUUGAAUAUGCCAUCGUUCAAAUGUCCGCCGCGGCUUCGAACGGUGGCACGGAUCCGAGAUGUCCAAUUUUCAAUGACCCUGCUGCAUAAAUCCGGCUGAAUCUGAGCAAUGGCUUGCGUUAUGUUCACUUUCUGGGCAUCGGUCGAUUGCGGCUUAUUGAUAUAGACCUGCG